ACGACCAGCAGUCCCUGCCCUCUUGCCAGCACACCCACCUUACUGUUCACGACCAUCCUCACGAAAUGGCUCCGUAUCUCGAAACUGUUAAGUCCUUCGCCACAGUCGAAGUGACCGACGCUGGCGUCGACACUCUACAGUUCCUCGAGGCCACGAACGGUCUUAUUGGCAUGUUCGAUCUGCUGGGGUCCGCUGCCUUCUCGGCUGUCCAGUCCGACUUGAAGGGCAAUGUUACGAAAAUCCGCGCCCGAUACGAUGCUGCUCCCGCCCAAUCGGCCACGCUCGAGGAGCUCGUGAAGAACGAGCAAGGCGAGAAGAAGCGCACCGCGACGGAGGGCCUGAUGUGGCUCCUCCGUGGGCUCUCCUUCACCUGCAAGGCGCUCCAGAACGCGCAAGCGAACAAGAGCGAGGAGCUCUCGGCCGCGUUCACCAAGUCGUACGAGGUCACGCUCAAGAAGUUCCACAACUUCGUCGUGAAGGGCAUCUUCAGCGUCGCCAUGAAGGCGUGCCCGUACCGCGCGACUUUCUACGAGAAGCUCGCGGCGGACCCCGCGGGCGGCCCGUCCGUCCCGUCGGACAAGCUCGAUGCGGAGCUGAACCAGUGGUUGGACGCGCUUUCGUCGAUCGUGACCAGGCUGGAGACGUUCUACGAGAAGGGCGGCUACGGCAAGGGCUUCUGAGGAUAACGAUCACGGCUCUGGAUGUUGUCAUAGUUGCGUGAAGAUUAUGCUUGGGUGCAUGCCAGUCAGCAUGAGUGGACUAGCA